AUGACGCACAGGGCCGGGCCUGGGCUCAAUUCCACGCUCUGCUCGGCCAAAGAACCCGCCGCAGGCGCAUCCUCAGUGCGAGAUAUGCCGCUACGUGUCAACAGGCGCGCCUGUUGGGCGGGGAAACCCACCACUCUAAUCCCGGGCCUCAUGAAAUCAGCACCAUUCAAAGCCCGGCGGCCGUCACCAUCAACCAACAGCAGGUCGAAGAGACUAAUGGAUGGCUCUUGGCUUCGCUCCUUGCGAGGUGCUGAACGCUCCUGUGCCACGCUGGGGUGGCUGGGCGCCUUUGGUUCGCCAGAAGGAAAGGACUUAAAUGACUGA